AUGAGCGUUUAGGAUUUAUUGCUCUUUUAAAAGUAUUUACUAUCCAAGAACAGGCUCAUAUUUAAAUCAAUUUAUAGUAUCUUUUAAUCAGCUUUGCAAAAUCAAACACCAUCAAUUAGCUGUUAAAUUUAAGAUACAGUAUCUUUUUUAAGUUUUUGCAAAUUUAAAAUAAUAAUAAAUUUAUUAUAAUCAAUUUAAAUGUAGAAAAUUUUAAAUUGUCUAAAACAUCAAUUGUAAUCUAUUAUAAAUUUAUAAUCUCGAAAAAAAUACAAAAAAAUAAAAUUGAAAACUUAUUUAUUAGCCAUUUAUUAUUCUCGAAAAUAGAGUGUAAUUCAUAUUAGGAAGCAGUUUAAACAAUAACUCGUUUUGAAAAUACUCUCUUAAAUAAAUAUAAAUGGAAUUGGCUUUAAAAUAUGA